UUCCAAUUAUUGAAGUAGUUUGUUGAAGUCUUGCAUUCCAAAUCUGAAGUAUCCGCUUCUUAGGCAUAGAUUAAAUAUUAUAAUAUUAGAGGAAAAGAAGUAAGAUUUUUCACAUUCCCAUUGCCUACAUAUGUUAGAACUUAACAUCUGUUUGUGCAGUAAGAGGUUCCAUUGCGGUGUUUGAUAGGUUAGCUAAGUCCAUAGAAGGUGGUCACUGGGGACCCUUUGGGUUGUUGUCUGCCUUGUUCAGGGAAGCCCCGAAGAAAACGUUUUUAAUCUCAUUGCAAAUGCAAAGAAUGGUAAUGUGGGGCUAUACCAAUCUCUCUUUGUAUCUUUAAAUUUGUCCCUUUCAGUCUUCUCUGUUAUUUACUAACAUAAUUCUCUGAAACCUCACACACAGUUCCAAAAGAAAGAAAUAUCCUAGUUGCAGGGGUGGAAAAAAAAAUCCUUUACGAGGUUUCAGAAUCCUAGGAUGUUUAAGUAGCUAGAGCAUACUUGGAAAAGAACCCUUUAUAAGGUUUUUGGCAAUGCAUGUGGCAUGUUAACCUUGUAAAGAGACGUUGAAAGUACCCAGAAGUUUUGUUUGGAAGCUAAGAAAGUUCAGGUUUGGAUCUGCUAAAAGUUUAGGAUGUCAUCAAAGUUUAUGUAUUCUUUAUCAGAUAAAAACCCAGAUUUGCAGAAGCAGAUUGGGUGCAUGAAUGGACUAUUCCAGCUCUUUGAUUGCCACCAUUUCUAUGGUAACCGGCGCAUUGCCGGUCCAAACCGCAAAAGGCUUCCCUCAGGUCAAAAUGGCAAGCAUGGAACAGAAGCCAAGAUUGGUUCAGACAAGAUAAAAGGAAAUAAUCUGAAGAAGACUGUGAAGGAGAAACAAAGAUACUCCUUUGAAUCACCCCGAACCUCGUUGUCUUCUUCCUCUUGUUCAUCCAGUUUCUCACCUGCUGACUGCAGCAAAGAAUCUCUAGUAGACCGAUCUUCAUCAAGCCAAAUUGCCUUCCACGAAACCCCGAGGAAGGAAAUAUCCAGUCAUCGAUCAAAUGCUUCUUUGCAAUCAAGCCAAAACUCCCUUAACCUCCGAGAUGUGGUUAAAGAUUCAAUCUACAGAGAAGCCUGUGGAUUAUCGAUUAAAACUGCAACAAAAUUGGAAGCGGGGCAGCACCAAACCUUGAAGCAUAUAGAUUCCCCAAGGCCUUUGCAGUCACCAAAACCUUCAAAGACGAGGAACACCAGUCUCAAUGAAUCAAGUCAUGCCCUUCUUAAGCUUAAAGGGACUCCUAAAAUGUACAAUGAAUGCGAGGAUGGUUCUCUCACUUUUGCACGACAGGAUGCUCCUCGGCUCUCUUAUGAUGGGAGGGGGGCAAAAGAUGCACAUAAAAUUAAGCCCAAAGAUCUCCCAAGGCUAUCACUAGAUAGUAGGGAAAGCUCCAUAAAGGGUUCCGUCGAUUGUAUGAAUUCGGAUUUUCUUCUAGGAGAGAUAAACAGAAGUAGAAUGAAAUCAAAUGAUAUAAGAAACCAAGAGCAAGAACCUGGAAGCUACAAAGGACCAUCUAGUGUUGUAGCCAAGUUGAUGGGGGUGGAAGCAUUGCUAAAUCCCAUGCUAACCAAUGGGAAUCGAAGUCGAGAUAUCAAAACCUGUCAAGAUUUAAAAAGCAAUCCCGCCUCACCCUCAUCAAGAAUUAAUGAGAAAAAGAAAAGUUUGAUUUCUGGUUGUUCAAGAAAUUCAGGAAAGGAACCAAGGUCACCCCGCAAUCGCAUGACAAAUGUAGAGUCAAAGAAACCUGUUGCAACUAGAUGCCCAAUUGAAUCUGCCCCAUGGAGGCAGCUUGAUGGAAACAAGGGAGCUUUGAAGAGUCAAGAAACUCCAAUGAAAGCCCCAAACUCCUUUCUAACUGUUUACGGUGAAAUCGAGAAAAGUUUGGCAGCACUUGAGUUCAUGAAGUCGGGAAAAGAUACUAGAGCCCUUAAACAAACACCUAAACAAAUGCAGAUGUCUAAGCAGAUGUCAGAUACCAGAAAAGAAGAGCAAGCUUCAAGUUUGAUAUCUCACACAAGCAGCAUCCUUGGCCACAGCUCAGAAGCACCAAAUUUGAGAAAGCUACAUAGUAAAAAUGCAGUUUCAGCCACGAUCAAGGAAACUAGUUCUCCAACAUGCCUUAAAUUGCCAAUCAAGAUUAUAAAAGAAGAAAAAGUUAUGGAAAAUGGCGGCAAUUCUACUUCAACAGUAGUUGCAACUGGCAGUUUAAGAAGGCUUCGCACUAGCAGCCAUGCAAAUACCAGAAGUGAAAAGGCUGACAAGCAAUCAUAUAAAGAUUCAAUUCCGAAACCUAAAACUCCUAAGGAUCCUUCCAGUCGACUCCAUUCAAGGGAUAAAAAUACUGCCAGAACUCUAAGAGACAACCAAAUUUCAAAAGAGCCAUCACCUACUGCUCAAGAAAAUACUAACAUUGCAGUAAGCUCAGAGACCACAUGCCUUAAACUGCACCAGAAGAAGCUUGAAAUGGAAAAACAGUCUCGUCGCACUGGUCCAGCAUCAGACCAGAGAAAAAGCAGAAGGCAAUCAAGCAGCCUACAAGCAGAAUCAGGCUUGCCACAUCGGAAGCCCAGGCAUAGAUCUCACAAUUUGAGGCAAAGUGAUGACCAAUUGAGUGAUAUCAGUAGUGAUAUGAGAGAUUUGAAUCACCAAGGAGAUGAUAGAUCGAUGCAAUCUGAGAGCAAUAUGAGCAUGACCUCCUAUGGUGACACUGAAGUCACAAGUGCUCAAAGUUAUGGCAAGAUAGAGGGUACAUUCUCCCAAGAACAGGAAAAGAAGCAGAAAAAUCCAGCAGCAAGGUUAAUUGAAGGUGAUCCAAAAGCAGAACCUCCAAGAACUGCCCCGGAACAGCCUAGUCCUGUCUCUGUUCUAGAUGCCGCAUUUUACGGAGAUGAAUCACCGUCUCCUGUGAAGAAAACAUCAAAAGCUUUUGAAGGUGAUGAGGGUCUUACCCCUAAUGAUGCAGACUGGAGUUCCAUAGGUCUAAAUCACUUGCCCACCUGCAGAGAAACCAGUCCAAGGUUCAAGACAGACAGCAGGAAAGCAGAAAACAUCCAGCACUUGGUCCAGAAAUUCAUGAAUUUAGAUUCUAUCGAUGAGUGCGCCAUUACAAAUGAAAUUAUUCCAAAUCCAGACCAUGAAUACAUUGCAGAAGUAAUGUUGGCAUCAGGCCUCCUCAGCAAACUUGACUCCAGCUUCAUGGCCUGCCAGCUUCAUCCAUCAGGACAUCUAAUCAACCCUAACUUGUUCCCUGCCCUAGAACAGAUCAGAGCAAGCAUUUGGCUUCUAAAUAGAAAACACAACAGCAGAAAGGUCAGCCAGCUGGACCCCAUCGAGAAGAACCAUAGGCUGCUAAUAUUUGAUGCAAUUAAUGAAAUUCUAAUCAUAAAAUCAGUGAAGAAAGGCUCUUACAAGCAGUGGAUCUUACCGAGUACAGUGGAGGAUACAAGACAAAAAAGACAGCAGGUGGUAAGGGAUUUAUGUUCAGAUAUAGAUAAAAUGCAAACUACAUCAAAUAUAGAGGAUAAAAAUCUCAACAGCAUCGUAUGCGGAGAUUUGAUGCUUGGAUCAAUGGACUGGACAGAAUUCAAGAGCGAAUUUCCAUGGAUAGCUCUAGAUGUGGAGAGGUUGAUCUUCAAAGACUUAAUAUGUGAAGUUAUUAGUAGUGAAGUAACAAAUCUACAACAGCAGCAUCGAGGGCAUUGCAGGCGACUGUUUUUGAAGUAGGAUCAGAUAUGUAUUAAUAAUUUGUCAAUGGAUGAAGGGCUAUGGUUGCAAAUAAACCUUGAAUGAAACUUACCUUAAUGACACUUUGUAAAUUAAAAAGCCUGUGAAAUACACGUAAAUUGCAAUCUUAUGCAUAUACUAGAUAUAAGUGUUCUCCA